AUGGAUAAACGAGCUGUUGAAGAAAAAAGAAUUGUAAUUUCUAUCGGAGGAGGACAUGCUACGGGCGUUGAAGCAAUUGCACUGUACCUACAAAAUACAUUUAAAAGUAUAUAUAACUUUAUCAAUAUAAGAGUAAUAAGCCUAGACAAUAUGACAGAAGAUGGGAUCAAGAACUACAACAAUAAUGACUAUGAUUUUGACAGCAUUCUCGAUCUAAUAUAUGAAAAGCAUGCCGUGACUUCGCAGAAUGACAUGAUUCAACAUGAUUACGAAGACCCAAUAGAUUUGAUAAUAGUAUGUGGCUGCUAUGCUCUAUACGAUAAACGAAUCAACGAUAUUUCUCAAUUAAAAGUAUACUUGGAUAGCGAUGCCGAUAAAAGGUUAAUUAGCUUAAUCAAAAAGAAAAAUGUAAAAAGUAAUGAACAGCUAGCCCAGUUGAUCACUGAAUACAUGGACUAUUUGCGCCCGGAAAUGCAACAAUAUAUAGAACCCACCAGAGCUUUUGCAGAUUUGAUUAUCCCUUCCACGAAUGAAAACCUGGGGCGUGCCAUGCUUGUGGAUGGUAUAGUCAAAACGAUCGAAGAGACUAAAAACCAAAUAGAUGGUAAUAAUUCGAACAAUAAAAUACGCCCGCGUUUAUGGGAUUUUGAAGCUGAGAUAAUGGACUUGGAGAAGGAUAGAUAUUACGAUCUCUCGUGA